AUGAAUGUGCUAAGCCACUCUGAGGAGGACUGGGCGGACCCGCGGUACAGGGCCACCGGGGUCUUCGCGCCCUCCCAGUUUGCGGCCACAGGGCUCCACGACUUUUGGUUCGCCGGCGCCUCUGCGUCCCUGGACGCCUUUGCGGCCUGGGGAGAGCAGCGGGAGGCGCUGCUGCCUCGCUUCGGCCUGCUGUCCGAGGAGAUCCCGGUGGAUGUGGGGCACUUCUACACCUACCUCCACGCCAAACAGCUUGGCCUCCGCCUAGCCUUCACAGGCAUCAGCUACUUGGACUACACACUGGUCCGGUACAAGGACUGCAAGCUUCAAGUGGGUGAGGAGAUUCAGCCUCCGGACAUCUUCUGCAGCCACUGGGAGAUCAGCAUCAUGAGGCAAUGCCAGAGCUGGCUGCCCAAACCCCACGGCUGGGCGCGCGGCCUGUGCCCUGUGGCCGGCCGCCGCGCCCUCCUGGCGCCCGGAAGCCGCAGCUGCGGGCGCUUCUGA